GACGGCGUCUGGGAACGGGAGAAGGGGACAGGAGAGGGUUGAGCUCCUCUCGAAGCCAUGUGGCUCCUGAGGCACCCUGCUGCCCAGGCCGUCCCUGAGCCCUACGACAGCUUCAUGCACGGCCACCUGUACUACUACGGCUACUUCCAAGGUGAGCUGCACGUCCCCUUCUUGUCCCCCGGGCUGUGGGACCCCCGGUCGGGCUCCAGCGAAGCUCUCCCAAAGGCCAGAAGACAGCCAGCCAGCAGAGCUCCGUGUCUCCACGGGGACGCACCGAAUGCCACUGUGCUGACUCUGGCACCCGGCAGGACCCAAGCUCCCGUGCUGCCUGUUCUCUGCUGGAACUGCGCCAUGGGGCUGGGAGAUCCCCAGGCCCUUCCGCAGCCCUCAGGGCCCCGCAGAUGGUCCCCUUGCAGGGCUACGGGUCACCCAGGGAGCCACGGGCUCUCUUUGCCCUUCCCUCGGCACGAGGACCCCUUCCUGCUCCCCGGUGGCCCAUUGAGUGCGAGGUCAUCAAGGAGACCAUCGAGCACAUUGAGUGGAUCCCCCCUGCACCAGAGCCCUUCUGCCAGCCCACGGACCACCAGUGGCUACCAACGGCUGUUCCCAGUGCCCUCAGGCUCCCGCUUCACCCGUGCUCGGGCUGGGGGGGCCCCAGGUCCCCUUUCCUCACCGGCAGCCGCCCUGGAGGGCUCCCAGGACAACACGCUGCUGUUUGAGUCCCGCUUCGAGAGCGGCAACCUCCAGAAAGCAGUCAAGGUGGGCCCCUACGAGUAUGUGCUGACGCUGCGGCCAGACCUGUACACCGCCAAGCACACCCAGUGGUUCUACUUCCGUGUGCAAAACACGCGGAAAGACACCGUCUACUGCUUCACCAUUGCCAACCUGGCGAAGCCCAAGAGCCUCUACGGCCAGGGCAUGUGCCCGCUGUUCUACUCACAGAAGGAUGCCCAGAGCCGCGGCAUCGGCUGGCGCCGCAUCGGCACCGACAUCCGCUACUACCGAGGGAACAGCGGGGAGGAGCCGGCUGCCUUCUGCCUGUCCUGGAGCGCCUGCUUUCCCCACGACGGUGACACGUGCUACUUCGCCCACUCCUACCCCUACACCUACUCGGACUUGCAGCGUUACCUGAGGGCGGUGGCGGGCGACCCCGCACGCUCGCAGUACUGCGUGGUGCGGGCUCUGUGCCGCAGCCUGGCCGGUAACAUCGUCUACAUGCUCACCAUCACUGCGCCAUCUGGCGGUGCAGCCAAGCGGGCGGUGGUGCUGAGCGCCCGCGUGCACCCUGGGGAAAGCGGUGGCUCCUGGGCCAUGCAGGGUUUCCUCGAUUUCAUCCUCAGCGCUGCUCCUGACGCUCAGCUCCUGCGCCAGCUCUUCGUCUUCAAGGUGGUGCCCAUGCUCAACCCCGAUGGGGUGGUGGUGGGCAACUCCCGCUGCUCUCUGGCCGGCCGUGACCCCAACCGAGCCUACAGGACGGGGUCUCGGGGCUCCUUCCCGGCCGUCUGGCACCUGCGGGCCGUGGUGGAGAGGCUCUUGGCGGAGCGGGAGGUGGUGCUGUACUGCGACUUCCACGGGCACAGCCGCAAGAACAAUGUCUUCGUGUAUGGCUGCGAUGGCGGCCGGGGUGGCUCCGAGGCACGGCUGCGGGAGCGUGUCUUCCCACUGAUGCUAAGCAAAAACGCGCCUGACAAGUUCUCCUUCUCCAGCUGCAAGUUCAAGGUGCAGAAGAGCAAGGAGGGGACGGGCAGGGUGGUCAUGUGGCGGAUGGGCAUUGCCAACAGCUACACCAUAGAGGUGGCCUUCGGCGGCUCCACGCUGGGUGGGAGGAACUCACACUUCACCGUGGAGGACCUCAAAUCAUUGGGCUACCACCUGUGCGACACGCUGCUAGACUUCUGCGACCCCAGUCCAGCCAAGUUCCAGCAGUGCCUGGACGAGGUGGAUGCAUUGCUGCGGCAGCGGUUGGGCUCCGGUCAGAGCUGGAGUGACGCCCCCACCUCAGAGCUGGAGUCCAGCACCAGCGGCUCCGACAGCUCCGUGUCUGAUGGGUCCCUGGAGAGGAGGGAGAGCCCCUGGGGACAGAAGGGACAAGGCGCCACGGUGGCUCCAGGCCAGUUGCAGCUGAGGAGGAGGAAGCGGUUACGGAGCCGCAGAGUGAGGAAUGCCACGCGCAGGUCCAGUGCCACCCAAUGGAGUCACGGGGGUGACCCGGUGAGCGUGGCUCAGCCGCCCUCUGCCUGCCACAGUGGGACUCGGAGUGCCCGCAGCCCCACUUUUGUGCCCCAGCAGCCACAGUCGUGGUCCCCCAAGCCCCCGUCUGUCCCCAUCCCCACGCGAAGAGGCCGUGGGGCGGCGGCGGAGUUGCACAGAGCUGUCAGCGAGGAGUUGCACAGAGCUGUCCCCGGCGCACGCACAGCAGAAUGCCACCACCGCACCGCUGCCAGAGCCACACGGAUGGAGGGCAACGCGACGACCGCUGGGCACCGCCGGGCACCACGGAGCGCCAUCGCUGCCACCACUGCCAUCUCCGUCACCACCACCAGCAGCGGCACUGCUUCCUCACGGGGAGGCAGAGUGAGGCCUUCCUCACGGGGCGCCACAGCGGGGCCGUCCCUGCGCGUGGCCGCCGCUGCUGGCUGCGGGAGGCGGCCGGGCCUCACAGCGCUGCGCUGCUCCGCCUGCACUCGCCAUUAAAGGCAGCUUUGUCGUG